AUGGAUGGUGUAAUGAAUCCAUGGUGCUUGGACGAUAAGAUAUAUAAGAGCUUGAAUGAUGUGUGCGUGCUCGCCGAGAAAAAUCGGGUUGCUCGAAAAAAAAAGCUCAUUAAUGAAACAGAAACAAACUUAGAAGAAAAAUUUCCAUCAUUGGAACUUAUCAAGUUUCUUCAAUCUGCAAAUGACUCAGUGGAAGUGAUCAGCAAGAUAACGUUUGAAAUUCAACAAAGGUCUCAGGAUAAAGAAUCAGCAGACAUUCUUCAUUCUAACCAAAUUCAACAAAGAAUCGCAAUGAUUUCCAAUUUCACUGAUCAUCUAAAAUCUCUAGUGCAAGAAAAACAGACCCUGCUGACUGCUCUUCAAAGACCACUUGUUGAAAAUUCUAUAAAAUUGGAACUUAAACAUCAUGAGCCCACUAUGAAGAUGUUCUCACAGGUUUCCAGUAUAUUAAGGGACCUUGUAAAAAAUUUAAACAACAUAGAAUGGUUGGUGAAUGCUGACUUGGCGUCUCCUAAUAAAUUAGAAGAGGCAUUGAGCUUCAUUGAAUCCAAUUUGGCUUGCCUUCAAACUUGUUAUCUGCGCUUGAACCAAGUCAAUAACAACAUGGAAGAACUGAAAUCUUUUUCAUAA